AUGGUUGCCAUUCGCUCGUUUGUUGUACUCUACGCAGCCGUUGGCAUUGCCUCGGCUGGGAAAUGCAAGCCAGAAAGCAUUUCAAGCUCGAUUCUUUCAGAGACCAGUAUCAGCGGUUCCGUAGGCUUCAGUUCUGCCUCCACUGCUGAAUCUUCCACGACUGUUCCAGGUACUACUCUGGAAACCAGCAUCAGCGAGUCUACUGCAGAGACUGUUUCCAGCGCCAUCUCUACCGAUACCACUGAGACCACCACUCUCGAGUCAAGUCUUACUACCCUCCUCACCUCUUUCGUCACCACAAGUGCCGUCAUCACCACCGUCGAAUCAGCUGCCACGACCACUUCGGCUGCCCCGAUUCCUAGUUGUCCCUCAGACACUGAGCAGUGUUUUGGCACGAUGGAGAUCAAAUGUGACAGCAUCUUCGGCGGUCUUAGCGACAAUACUGAAGUCAAGGAUCUCAACGAAUGCGUGAAGAAAUGCAGUUCCGAUACCAAUUGUGCUGCCUUCUCUUAUGCAGAGUCAAUCCGCACAUGUUUCACGACUAGUUCCCUUCCCAGCAACUCUGACGAAGCGGUCUUGAGCGACUGGAUCAGCGGUAAAAAGGGAACGUGUGGACAAGGUGCCACAAGUACUACCUUCACAUCCACCGCGGAAGCCACCACGAGUGCAGCGGCUACGAGUACAGCCCCAGUGGCCGACCCUGUCUGUUCUUCAUGCGUUGACGGCGCUCGAGUUCAGUGCAACACCAGUCUCAACGGUCUAGUGCUUCUCGGAUCAUCACAAAGCAUCGCCGAAUGCUUUUCAUUCUGUGCGCAAGAUGAUGAUUGCCAGGGCGUUACCCGCAGACAAGACAACGGUGCUUGCUUCAAGGCUAUUGUUGACCCUGAUGAUGUCGUAGCAGCUCCGCAAGAGGGGAGAAACAGUGCUAUCAAGGGAACUUGCAGGAUCUAG